AUGAAUACUACGGAGUCACCAAGGGAUCGUAGGAAUCGACUUGCUAGAGAGUCUUAUGCGCGUCGAAGAUUGUUACUUACAACUGAGCAGCUUGAUCAUCGACGUGCCCAGCAGCGUGAUGCUUAUAGGCUUCGAACUGAGACUGAAUCAGGUGAACAAGUUGAACAUCGACAUGAAACUCGAUAUGCGGCGUAUGUGCAGCAUAUUCAGCAAAGGUGUGCUUCUAAUGCUGCUCCAUUACAUUGGAUAGAAGAAAGAGUGACCAGUAGUGUGUCUACUUCUGUAUUUAGUACCUGUUGUGCAAAUAGAAAGAGAAUAGCAUAUCUCAUGAUUUUUGAAAAAAUAUUUGUAAUAUAUAAUUCAAUAUUAGCAUUUACAUCAAUGGGUGCAAAAAUUGAUCAAAGUGUAGUUGGUACACAAGGUGUCUAUGCUUUUCAGAUUCAUGGUGAAAUGUACCAUCAAAUAGGAUCACUUUUGUCAAAUUAUAAUGAAACAUCUGCUUUUUUACAAAUUUAUAUUUAUAAUACUGAAGAACAAUUAUUUUAUAGGCAAUGUUUAAUACUAGAUUUAAAUUUAGCUGUUUUUGAACAACUUCAAGAAAUGUUACAUAAUGUUAACCUAUAUGUUCAUUAUGCACCUCCUUCUGUAUCAAAAAGUGCUGUACUUGUGGUAGGAAAUGGUCAAGAAACUGAACCAGCAAAUAGAGAUAUUAUACAUUACAAACAAGAUGGUUGGUAUCCUUAUAUAUUUUUAUAA